AUGUACAAUACAUUAGAGAGCUUUCUAUUGGGCGUCGCAGUCAGUGGAAUUGGACUUGCAGAUGCGCCGAAUCUCGAUUCAGCUGGGCAGGGCCUGCUUCUCUGCCUCAUUGAACAUACGGAAGGCGUUGCGACCGUUCUGGAGAGGGAAUUCCCUCGAUUCCCGAAACACGUUCUCAGUUAUAUCAAAUCUGGGAAUGCUUUCACAGCAGGCAGCUCAUUAUCACCGGGACGGGAAGAGAAUUCCGAGUUGUCAUUCCUGGAGAAUCAUCUUAGUAUCGGAGACGCAACUUCAGAAGAUCGUGAAGAUCUUCAACCAGGAUAUCAUCUCGGAUCAGCGGAAAUACGAUCUAUGCCUCUCGCUGUCUGGAGUGGGGGUGUAUUGGAGCGAAGGAGUCUCCGCAUUCCACUUGUCAUGGUGAUAGGUGAUUUUGUUCAGACAGAUGUUGCUCUGUUUGUUACCCACUGCAGGAGCCAUUGUGAUGGCGGAGAAACAACCCGGCUACAGAGGUUGAUGAUGUGUCCUGAGUGGAUAUACCUUGACCUUUACUCGGCUUUCAUGGACUGGGAAGGAAUCUGGGACGCGGUACGUGAUCGAUUGGUGGAGCUCGACCAUGAAGUACACCGUCAAGUUGGCAGGGGAAAUAUCCUCGGUAGGAUCGAAAAUCUCAACAAGGCUACUGCGGUCAACAUCAUGCUCAGGGAGACCUUGGACGUCCAGACUAGCUCUCUGCAGACUGUUAUGAAACUCGUAAAACAGGCGAAGGGCAAAGGUAGUAACAAACAAGAUGCUAGAUUCUUGAAAAGAGGAGACGAGCUUUCAGGUGCAUUGGAUCACUGUCAGGCUCUCGCACACGGAAACAGAGAGCAGUUGCAAAACUUGGUCUCCAUGCUGAUCUCGCUCGAGCAGAUCUCACAAGGGCAGUCUAUGGCAAGACUAAAUUUCUUAGCCUUUAUAUUCCUCCCUUUAUCUUUCGUCGCCACGCUAUUUGGCAUGACACGCUUCACGAUUUCUCCGGAAUGGUAUCCAGCGUACGCGUUGCCACUGCUGUUCCUGACUUUCGCUGUCGCUAUCGCGCUUCCAAAACUCCUACUAAUAUGGGAAACUUGGAACAUACCUCAGAAACAGAAACAGAAACCAAUCCGUCGGCCACGACUUAGCGAAAACCUUCCGGGGAAAAGACUCUGGAAAUUCAAUGAUGGAUCAACUGAUUCGAUUCAGAAAAGCUAUCCACCAAUUUCUAUGUCGGGAGCUGUCGAUGAAGUAACGGAAAGGGGAAGAUCUCUAGAGUAA